AUGUGCCGCCUGCUCUGGCUUCUGCUCUUCCCGUUUGCGGUGACCGCAAUGCGGUCUUCCGGCGACGCAAAGACCAUGAUGGGGACCUGCUGCUGCUUCCUACCCCACACGGGCGAGUUCAGAGAGUUUGGAUACGACAAAGCAGAUCCUUACUGGCACUUCGAUGGUUUGCAUCAGGAACGGUGCCCUGCGCAGCCUGACACUUCAAAGAAGGCCCUCUCGCCACGUGGAUGCCGAGGUCGUAAUCUCUACCGUCUACAUCAACCCGACGCCAAAGGCCAUGCAAGAGGCGACUUGCCAAUCCCUUGCAAAGGGGAGAAGGUGCCUCAUCCGGAUGACAUGUUUUGUGAGAACUACUUGGUCUUCUCGUGCGGCAGCCUCACGAUCAACAUCCCAGAGGAGUGGAAGAAUUGCUACCGAAACACCACCGAUCUCGGUCACAACAAGAUCGACCCUUCUUGCCCACAGUGCAGACAGAGAUUUCCAGACUUGUACAAAGACGGAUGUGCCAGGUGA